CCCCCAAAAUUCCAUCAAUAAUAUCGUUAUUCACAAUUAACUACAGGUUGUUCUAUCUGAACCUAAUAAUGCAAUUGGCCACCAAAGUUGAUCUCAAAUUAAGCAACGGGAAGUCCAUUCCAGCUUUGGGAUUGGGAACUGUCCCUCCUGAAGAUCCCAGUGAAUUAAAGCAACAAGUUAUAACCGCUAUUAAGGCUGGAUAUCGUCAUAUAGACACCGCUUGGUACUAUGGUACCGAAAAAUAUAUUGGACAAGCUUUGAAGGAAUUGUUUGAUGAAGGUGUUAUUAAGCGUGAAGAUCUUUUUGUCACCACAAAAGUCUGGCCAUCAUUUUGGCACAGUCCAGAGAAGUCAUUGGACAAAUCUUUAGAAGAUUUAGGUUUAGACUAUGUGGAUUUAUUUAUGCAGCAUUGGCCUGUUGCUUUGCAUGGUGAUGAAAAUGGGUUGCCUCCAGCACCUAAGCACGAUGAUGGCAGUUUAUGGUACGAUGAUGAUCCUGUUACUGGGACAAAAUUCAUUGAAACCUAUCACAAAAUGGAAGACAUCAUUGAUAAAACCUCAAAAGUGAAGUCUAUUGGAGUUUCAAACUAUUCAAUCCCCAAACUUAAGCAAUUAUUGCCAAAGGUUAGAAAGUAUGCACCUGUUGUGAAUCAGAUCGAACUCCACCCCCAAUUGCCACAACUAGAGUUGGUUGAUUACUGCAAAAGCAAAGGAAUCGUCGUAGUCGCCUAUUCCCCUGUUGGUAGUAAUGGUGCCCCAGUCUUGAAAGUGCCAUUGAUUCAGGAAUUGGCCAAAAAAUACGAUGUUACCACUAACGAAAUUACUAAUGCGUAUCAUGUUUUGAAUGGCAGAGGUGUACUUCCACGUUCAUCCAAUCUUGAAAGAAUCAAAACUAUCAUCAGAUUACCUCAAUUGUCUGAAGAUGACUUAAAGAAACUUGACCAGGUUGGUUUGCAAAAUCCAAAGAGAUAUAUUUGUGAUUCGUGGGGUUAUGGCUUAGGAUUCAGAUAUUGGGAGGGUGACACCUUGAGCACCGAAUUUGACUAAUGUUAGUUCUAUUGACUUGUAUUUGUAUCUACGUCUAUAAAUCUAUUGAAUAACUGAUUAGUUUCAUU